AUGUAUCAAGCCAAGAACACACUUUAUAGUUUAUACAUCUAACUCAAGGUUUAAUCUCAUGUCCGAUACUUCUUCUUUGCUCAUACCCAAAACAAACCCUCCAAAAGAAACCAUGGCAAAUAAAUCCCUCACAGGCCUCGAGAGUCUUAUAAAGCUUCUCCCAACAGGAACACUCUUCAUCUACCUUUUACUCAACCCUGUCCUCACUAACGACGGUGAAUGCACCACAGUUAAUAAGGUCAUGUCAAGCAUCCUUGUCGGCCUUUGCAGCUUCUCCUGCGUGUUCUCAUGCUUUACCGAUAGUUUCAAAGGCGCCGACGGAUCAAGAAAGUUUGGUAUAGUCACCAAGAAAGGCCUCUGGACUUACGCUGAUCCGGGAUCUGUGGACUUGUCCAAGUACAAGCUCAGGAUAGCCGAUUUCGUUCAUGCAGGUUUCGUGCUGGCAGUGUUUGGGACACUGGUGUUGCUUGACGCUAAUACCGCAAGCUGCUUUUAUCCUCGGUUCAGGGAAACGCAAAAGACAUUAGUCAUGGCUUUGCCUCCAGCCGUGGGUGUUGCCUCAGCCGCUAUCUUCGCUUUAUUUCCAAGCAAACGGAGUGGAAUCGGGUACGCACCAAUUGCUGAGGAGGAGGUAGCUGCUGAGAAGGAGACCAAGAAAGCCUCUGUCUCUGCCUGAGAUAUGUUGCUUCUAUUGUUUCCAAAUUAUUUGUUGUAGAUUGUAAAAGUAUAUGAUUGUUUGCUUAAACCUUUCUUUAGUUCUUUAUGACAAUAGCGAAACAAUAUGUAGACUGAAUGUUGUGUUGCAUCUUAAUAUUAUUAGAAUAAACAUAAUCAUCAUAUAAACAAGUGUUGUUCCUU